GAAAUCAUUAAUCCCCGAGUCAUUUAGUCGCGAGCCGGCUAGCUAUUGUGUCGCCUUUGUUAGUGUCCACUCCUCUACACUCUCUCGCCGCGUACAUGCGCGCUCACUGGGAUGAGGUCCAAACCCGUCGCCCGUCGUUUUGCCCAAGGAAGCAGUGACGAGGGAGAAGGAGACACGGGCCACAGCGAGCACGACGAGCUGGGCGACAUGAGGGUCAAGGACCAAGAAGACGAGGGGAUAGACCUCAAGGAUGAGCCGAGCACGCCGGAGCUGGAAGCGAAGGAUCCUACCAGAGACUUCCUCUUACCGCCCGAGCUAGAGCUGAGGACCUACGGGGUCUGGGCGAGACAAACCAUCCCCAGAGGGACGAGGUUCGGGCCCUACCUGGGCAAGUGGACCACGGAGCGGCCCUCAGACCCUCAAGCCUUCUGGGAGGUGCGGGUCGGCGACGGCAUCAAGCGCUACAUGGAUGCCUCGGUGGAUUACAACUGGCUCAAACAUGUCAAAUCCAUAAAAGAUCCAGAAGCUCAAAAUCUGAGGCCUAUUUGCGCUGGACAGAUCUACUACGAGACGACUCAGCAGGUAUCAGCAGGCCAUGAGUUGCUGCUGCCACCUCGAGAGCCGCUGCACCUCGACUAUAUGAUGUCCUACAGUAGUCAGGCGGACGACCGCAGCGACCGAGAGUCAGCAUCUCAACACUCCGGUACCUUUGAUGAGGAUCGUGAGGACGAUGUUGAGGACGACGAAGAGGUAGUUUGCAACGUCUGCGGUAAACCAUUCCCUGACAACGACAGCCUCGACGACCACCUGGUUCUGUACCACCACUAUCCUCGCAAUCAGCACCGGUGCAAGCAGUGUCCCCGGGGGUAUUCCAGUCAGCCAGGACUUGUCCGCCACAUCGCCUCCCACAACCGCAAAUACAGCUGCGAGAACUGUAACACCGUCUUCACUGACCGCAGCAACCUCCAGAGGCACAUCCGCACCUCCCAUGUGGGCGCGCGGUCUCAUGCUUGUGACGAGUGCGGCAAGACCUUCGCCUCCUCCUCGGGUCUCAAGCAGCACAGCCACAUCCACUCCAGUGUCAAGCCCUUUCAGUGCGAAGUCUGCUUGAAGUCGUACACGCAGUUCUCCAAUCUCUGUCGACACAAGCGGAUGCACACGGGUUGUCGUCAACAGGUCAAGUGCUCACGUUGUGGUCAGACCUUCAGCACCUCCAACUCGCUCUCCAAGCACAAGCGGUUCUGUGACUCCGGCAACUCCAGAACUCCGCCACCCGGUAGCAUGCCACACAUUCCCCCACACACCAGCCCCAAUCCUUACCAUAUGUUCACUCGACCUCCAUUCUACCUUCCGCCAUCCAUUAUCCCUCCGUACAACCACCCUCCGAUGUUCCCGACAGGACACCCUGCCGCUCCUUUCUUCAACAGUUCAUUCAUGAAUCAACACCAACUGACUGAAGACAAAUUGGAUCUGAAGACGGACCUAAAACCGGGUUCCAUGAAGUUCCAUCAGUAUCAUCCUAAUGAAGAGCAUCUCAUAUCACUGCUCAAGGUCAAGACAGAAAUGGACUUCAUGAGGCGGUGUACCACUCCUCCAACAUCGUCCAAUCAAACAUUCAACAAAGUAUCCCCAAACGUAGGCGAAGAAGCGGUUUCAAGACCAUCCCCAGCCAGACCGAUAUUCUCCAGUACCUAUUCAGACCCAAAAGAGUCCUUGGCAGAGCCAGAGAUCAAUGUCGUAGAUGUGCAACCCGAACCUCACGAUCUAUCAAGUUCUAGUGAGGACAGGCAAUCUUGUGGUCAAUUAAGAACUCCGGAACAAAUUGACCCACAAUCCAGUGAUGAUCAGCCUCUAGAUUUAAGAAUCGAGGGAAAGAGAAAGAGCAAUCAUGAAAACAAUGAAGACGAUGAACAGUUCUUUUCAUCGUCCGAAAGCGAUCAGUCACCUACAAAGAAAUUGAAGACACAAGCUUCAUUCGAUAAAGGUGCUAAUGAGAAAGAAAAGUCAUUUAGGAGAUUGGAUUCUCCGAGUAAACUGAAAUGCACUUCUCCUGUUAGACCAAACAGUUCUCCUGAGUCCCCGAAGAACACGUCGACGUUAAGACCCAAGAAAGAGUCUUUAAACUCGCCACCUUCUCAUUCACCAGUUGAAAAGCAUUUACACACAAAUGAAAGUAGCAAACCACCUUCGAUGGUAUGCCCUAUACCUAUCCAUCCCCACACACCGCUCCACAUCGAUAACAUGCUCUACCGAAAUCCCUUUCCUAGUUUUCCUACUCCUGAUUCCCACUCGAAUCACGAACGGUUCAUGCCAUCACAUUUGCAGCCGCUUCAAUCCAGAUACAACCUGCUUGCAACGAUGAUGAGUGGUUUAGCCAAUGGCCAAGGUAUUCCACGGCCACCUUUGGACAUGUUGAGACCACCCAUGGAGCACUUCGGAACCGGUAACAAACCCUAUCACGAAGUUCUGAAUCCCCAGCCUGACAGUGUGAAUGGGAACAAGAUAAAAGACAGGUACGCCUGCAAAUUCUGCGGCAAAGUGUUUCCGAGAUCUGCGAAUCUGACGAGACACACCAGAACACACACGGGAGAACAGCCGUAUAAGUGCAAGUACUGCGAGCGGUGCUUCAGCAUAUCAUCGAACCUUCAGCGUCACGUCCGCAAUAUCCACAACAAGGAGAAACCUUUCAAAUGUUCUUUGUGUGACCGUUGUUUCGGCCAACAGACAAAUCUAGAUCGUCACCUGAAGAAACACGAAGGAGAUGACGGCAGCGGUAUCGUAGCGGCCGCCGACAGCCCUGGUAGCAGCAACGAGAACGACGGAGAAGACGCUUGUGUCGAGAUAAGGAACUUCGUCGGCCGAGUCGCUUAUUCCAAUUUGGACACAUUCAACCACAAUUUGAACCUAAAUCUUCUCAGCCAGUUCAAACUUCCCUCUAAUCCAUCUGAUCAUGAACGGAUGAACCCCACAGCGACCUCAGCAGAAGAAGAAGUGGCUCCGGACUCCGACCGGGAUUCUCCUCAAGAUCAUCCUGGAUAUCCUUACACUAUCGGAAAAUCUCGUUACCAGGAUAGUCCUCUAGGAUUAGUGGUGAACAAAGGUUUGGAUUUCAUCGUGGGCAAGGACUUAUCGUCUCCUGCGUUCGACUUGAAGCUGAGGGCGGACAAGGACGAAUCGCCGUUGAACAAUAACAUAUCUGAGCCGGAGAGUAUUCGCGUAAGCACCUAGCGCUGGGCGAUGACUUCUACCCUGAGUUCCUACCGGUGAAUAGCUGAUCUCUGGUGGAUGGAUAUGCGAGUGUUACCAGUAUUUGUCAGAAAGUAUUCCAAUGCUUCGGCGAUGGAUAGUCUAGUGUACCAAAGGUUUGUUAGGCAAUUCUAACGAUGUACAUUUUUAAAUAAUGUAGAAUAGUGUAUGUUAUAAUUUUAUCGAUACUAUAUUGUUAUAUCAAAGUUCGGGUUUUGAAUUUCGCCACUGUAGAAAUAGAAUCAAAUUUCACUUCAAUAAUAUAGUGUUAAAAUGACAAAGCAAUCGAAUGUAUUUAUCUCUGUGAUCUAGGUCUUGUCAAACGUUUUUAUGAUUUAAUUACGUUUAUAUGAAGAUUUCCAUGAAUAUUCUUGGUACGUAAAACAACAUUGCUACAAUUACUUUGUAUAAAACGUAUCGACCAGUGGACAGUAAUAAAGAGUUUUAUUAUUUCAAUACCUGUAAAUAAAAAUUAAGUUUUCCGUACAAAGUUCAACAUAGUUAUUACAUUUCAUCUGAGAAGUGGCAACACACAACAUAUCACCGAAAUAAGUUUAAGACUUGGACUGUUCCUCCUACUAAUUGUAAAGUAAUUUUAAGACCUAUUUAAUAUUUUAUGUACACUUUCUACGUGCAAGUCUGACGUUGAAUUUAAAAGAAUUUAUGCAAUUUAACAACUCUUAUCCUGCAAAAUUGUUUUCAUAAUUAAAUAUUACAAUAUUGAUUAGAUUUCAAACACUUGUUUUACAAAGUAGAAUUUUAGUUUUAUUACUUAUGUUAUAUUAUUAUUUAAAAGUUCUGUUUUUAUGCGUGAUUCAUGUAUACCUUUUUUAGACAUGCUGUUAAGCUGUAAGAGAGAGAUUGCAUAUGCAUUAAGGCCAUAAUAGAAUUUUAUAUUGUUUUAUUAUAGUUUAAACUUAUUUAAUUUGAAAGCACAGUUUCACACGGCUUAAUGUAUAUUAAAUGUUUUCUAUUACAUUCUAAAAAUAUUUUUGGUUUAGAAUGUCUAUUUGUUUAAAUAUUAAUUAACAAUAUAUGUGGUAAAAUGUCGACAACUAAAUGUAUUAGUUUCUUUACAGACUACUAGUUUAUGUACUAUUUUCAAUUAUUUAUUUAACUUUAAUUUACUUAUUGCAACGAAGUGUUCCUGUGUUAUUGUAUUGAGUCUAAAUGUUAUACAAUUACUUUUUACAACAGAGAAAAAGGUUGGAAUCGAACAAGGCUGUGUGAAGUUUAAUCUUACUGCUCUUUGAAUAAUUUAUUCUCUCACUUGUUGAUUGUUUAAUUUUUAACCAUACUGUAGAAAUAAUUAGUGAGUUAGAGAAAGUUGUUGAGAUGGUACAGUUAAGUUAUUUAAUCGCCUGGCUUAGCCAUACAAAACUACUAUGUUUACUCUUGACAUGACAUUUUGAAAAAUACUAAUGGCGCAUAGAAAAUAUUAUUUAAUUUGUUUGAGACAUGUUAUCUUAAAAUAUAUUUACCAAAUUUACUUGAACAAUAUUUUAGUAUUAUUAGUUUAUUUUUCUGUAUCAUUUGGUACUAUUAAAUACAAAUAUAAAACUAUGAAUUUGUGAAUUUAAUUAUUGUGAAAUAAGCUCUUAACUUUUUCAAAUAUGUAUUUAGACCACGAUGCUCAUGCAUGAACUCUUAGUCACAACGUUUGAAUUAUAAACUGUUUUGCGAUGUAAUCGUGUAGCAAACUGUGUAUGUGAUUGUAAAACUUGUAUAUUUAUAACAAGAUAUAUCAUGUACAGUCAAGUUCAACCUUUCAUUAAAAAAUAAAACGUUUAAAUAAAAUUUAA